GAGGCAGGAGGCGUGGCCUCCCGGGCAAGGCUGGCCAAUCAGAGCACGGCAAGGGGGCGUGGCCUGGCGGCGCCGCGGAGCCGUGAGGGUCCGAGCGAGGGGGCCGGGACCGAGCGGGAGAGACCGGGACCGACAGGAACACGGGCAGGCACCGGGACAGGGUCAGACCGCUCCUACCGGCACCGGGAUUGACCGACAGCCACACAGGUACAGGGACCAACUGCCCCCACCGGCACCGGGACGGACUAAGACAGACCGGGACCAACCGCUCCCAUCGGCAUCGGCCGGCACCGGGACCGGGACGGGGGUCGACCGCCGCCAGCCGCAUCGACCCAGACAGGAACAGCGACCGAGCGGUCUCACCGAGGUGUCGCGGCCACCGCGGCUGCGGCCGGGACCGGCCGGGUCUGGCCCCGCCCCUCCCGCGUUAACCACGCCCCUGUGUUGUUGGUCACGCCCCCUUUUUGUGGCCCCGCCCCGCCAUGUCCCACCCGGUGCUGCUGCUGCGGCGGCUCCGGGAGCGGCACCAGCACCGGAACCGGGGCAGCGACGAGGAACAGGACUGGGACCGGGAUCAGGACCAAGACCAUGACUGGCACCGGGAGCGGGAUCAGGACCAUGACUGGGACCGAGAUCAGCACCGGGAUCAGGACCAGGACCGUGACUGGCACCGGGAGCGGGAUCAGAACCAUGAAUGGCACCGGGAGCGGCAUCAGGACCGUUAUUUGGACCGAGAUCAGCCCCGGGAGCGGCAUCAGGGCUGGGCUCAGGACAUCACACACCCCCCACCCCCAUCCAGGAUCUCCCUCCCGGUGCCCUCGGGUGGUCCCUCCACCCCAUCCCCAUCCCCGAGCCCCCGCCGCGGCCGCCGCCGCCGCCGCCCGUACCCUGCCCAGCGCAUUUACCGGGUGCGCUGCUCCUUCCUGGAGCUGAGCGAGGAGCAGGCGCUGCGGCGCUGCCGCCUGGACCGGGCGGCCAUCGCGGCUCUGUGCCGGGAGCUCGGCGCCGACCUGCAGAGCCUCACCGGCCGCAGCCACGCUUUGCCCGUGGCCGUCAAGGUCACCUCGGCUUUGGCCUUCCUGGCCUCGGGUUCCUUCCAGACGGCUUCGCGCCUCAGCACGGGCAUCAGCCAGUCGGCCAUGUCCAACUGCUUGGCGCAGUUUUUGGCGGCGCUGCAGCGGCGAGCUCCCCGUUACAUCGCCUUCCCCCCGCCGCCCGCGCCCCCCGGGGACCCCCCGGCGCUGCCCGGGGUGCUGGGUUUGGUGGGCGCCAUGCACGUGGCGCUGAGGGCUCCGGCCGACAACGAGCCGCUGUUCCGCAACGCCGCCAACUUCCAUUCCAUCAACAUGCAGGUGGUGUGCGACCGCCACGGCGCCAUCACCAACGUGGUGGCCAAGUUCCCCGGCUCGUGUCCCAACGCCACCGUCCUGGAGAACUCGGCCCUGGCGCGACUCAUGGAGGGGAGCAGGCCGGAGGGGGUCUGGCUGCUGGGUGACCGCACGUACCCGCUGAAGCCGUGGCUGCUGACACCCAUCUCUGGCCCCCGAGGCGCGGCCGAGCUGCGCUACAACGCUCUCCACGCCCGGACCCUCGACCCCCUGCGCCGCACCCUGGGGCUGCUGCGCCGCCGCUUCCGCUGCCUGGCGGGCGGGGGGCUUCAGUACAGCCCCCCCAAGGUCUGCCAGAUCUUCCUGGCCUGCUGCAUCCUGCACAACAUCGCCCUGCGCCGCCGCGUCCCCCUGGAGCCCCCCGAGGGGCUCCCGCCCGCCCCGGGACACCCCGAGCCCCCCCCGCAGCCGCCGCCGCCCCCCGGGCCGGGCUCCCGUGAGGGACGGGCGGUGAGGGCCAGGGUGGUGCAGCAGGUCAGGGAGGGGAUGGGCUGAGGGGUUUGGGGGGCUUUGAGUCCUUGGUGGGGUCCUGAGCCCUUAUCUGGAGGGUCCUGAGUCUUCUGUGGGGUCCUGAGCCCUGAUUCAGGGGGGCUCUGAGCCUUUUGGGGGGUCCUGAGCCCUGAUUUGGUGGACUCCAAGCCUCUGGAGGGGUUUUAGCCCUGGUAGACAUGUCUAUCACUUUGGGGGUGUCCUAUUUCCACCCCCACGGUCCCCAGAUUUGAUCCCUCAAUCGUGUCCGUGCUCGUUUUGGGGCAAAUAAACGUGUUUUUUUUCAACUC